AUGGUGGUACAUCAAACAAAAUUUAUCAAUCAGUUGUUAGCAUCUUAUGAUAUGCUUGAUUCUACACCCAAAUUAACUCCUUUACCACUUAAUCUCAAGUUGCUUCCUAUUAUGAAUGAUCCUCUUCCUGAUGCAACUGUCUAUAGACAAUUGGUGGGUAAACUUAAUUUUUUGCUUCAUACACGCCCUGAUCUUGCUUUUACCAUUCAAUAUCUUAUUCAAUUCAACAAAAGUCCAUGUCAAGAACAUUAUCAAGUUGCAUUACAUGUUCUUCAAUAUUUGAAAGGCACCGUUAAUCAAGCACUUCACUUUAACAAUAUCCCUUCUUAUCAGAUCGAAGCUUAUUGUGAUUCUGAUUGGGCAGCUUGUCCUAUUACUCGAAGGUCUGUAAGUGGAUAA